AUGGACGGAACGCAGUUCAUUGUUCCGACAGAUGGGCGGCUGGGAUUUUUCGUCGUUGGAACCUACGCACAGACGGUGACAUUUGGCAUCGCCUCGCUCUUGACGUACAGCUAUCUCAGAAGACCUAGGAAUGACCCCUGGUGGGUCCCAUCUGUCGUUGUGCUCGUCUGUGCGACCACCAUGAAUUGGUUGCUGACGGAGGAACAGGAGCCUGUCUCUCCUGACAGCCGUCGUCGAUAUGGAGAUGUGAGUGCAUCAGGCAGGAUCAGCAUGUCAGCUUAUGAGUGCCUCUCAGUCCAGCAGAAGAAGGGCGAGUGGAACAUCCCGCUCAUCGCCGUGAUAAUAUUUGUGGUUAAUAUGCAACUGACGUACAGUCGUGUGCAGCAGGAGGAAUCGCAAUAUCCAUUUACCUGUGCGUACCUCCCAUUUGGCUCCGUGAACGUUGACAGAUACUCAUUCUACCGCAGCUUCCAUCCACGGUCUCUCAGGAGUCCGGGGAACUUGAGAAAAGCACUGGAAGCGACUGUCGCAGGUGGUAUCUGCGCGGACAUCCUGCUCGUCGUGACGCUGUGUCUCUCGCUGUAUAGAGCGCGCUCAGGGCUCCGGAGGACCGACUCCGCACUGACGCUCUUCAUUCUCUACUCGGUUUACAAUGGUCUCCUUCCCACGUGCUUCGGUAUCGCCACCUUGAUUUCCCUGCUCAGCAGGCCAAAUACAAACCUCUACACCCCCUUCUACAUCCAGAUAGGAAAUUUGUUCCUCAUUAGCCUGGUAUCAUCAUUGAACCAUCGCAAGACCGUGCGGUCACAGAUCCAGCGGGAACUCGACCUAAAUUACGAUGCGUUCGAUAUGGUGCCUGACAGCGCGACGUCCACCCCGCCCCCACUGGCAACGCCGAGCUCCGACCCCGCGUCCGUAUCCAGCCAAGGCAGAGUGACAAAGGCCGGAGAUGGACGGGGCCGGACGUCGGUCGAGGGGGACGACUCGGAGGAGAUGGACUCCCAGAGACACGCCUUCUACAGGCAUUCGACGACCCCCCGGGAGGGCGUCGUCGUUGUACGCGUCCUGCGCAGACCUUCUCGUGGUCCGGGGGUACGGAAGCUACUGUAUGACAAUAUGCUUGCCCACAACGACGAGCGUAGCAACCGCGAUGAGCAGCCUGACGACGGAGGCAGUGCCACAGACGCCAAGAAGUAA